UGACUGCACACAGGCAGCGGGAGAAUGUAUGUUCAGCUGAACACACCCGAGGGGAGGGCAGAGCUGCUGCUGCUGCUGCUGCUGUAAAUGCAGAUCGAGUCCAGCGUCGCCCGCGUCCAUCCCUCCGUCCCCGCCUUCCCUCCAGCUGCAGCAGCUCGCUCUGCUCUCUCUGGCCGAAGAUAGCGCCUGUGGAGCCGGUCAUGGCCGUCAUCUAACCCCGGGCCCCAAGGAGAAGCAGAGAGGGAUAGCCUAGCGGUGUGUGGCGCCGCACCGCUGUGCAUCUUUCCGUGCAGGACACUGUUUUUACUGCUUCCCCGAGCGCAGUGGUUUAGCAGCAGGCUCCUGUUCCCCUUCUUUUCUUCUUGCUCUUCUUCUUCGUUUCAAAUCUUCAGCCUUCAUCUUCAGGGCUCGGAGAAGGUUCGGAUGUGCCGUUUCAGGUGACCCACGAUAUGGCUGUUCUGAAACUCGUCGAUCAGCCGCCUCUUGUUCAGGCCAUCUUCAAUGGAGACCCUGAGGAGAUACGCAUGCUCAUCUUCAAAUCAGAGGACAUCAAUGCACUGGAUGCAGAGAAGCGUACUCCUCUCCAUGCUGCAGCGUUUCUGGGUGAUGCUGAGAUCACUGAGCUCCUCAUCCUCUCCGGGGCCCGGGUCAAUGCCAAAGACAACAUGUGGCUCACCCCUCUUCACAGGGCUGUGGCGUCUAGGAGUGAGGAGGCGGUGCGUGUGCUGAUCCGUCACUCGGCAGACGUGAAUGCACGAGAUAAGAACUGGCAGACGCCGCUGCACGUGGCUGCAGCGAACAAGGCUCUGCGUUGCGCUGAGGUCAUCAUCCCACUCCUCAGCAGCGUUAACGUCUCUGACCGUGGGGGACGCACCGCCCUGCAUCACGCCGCCCUCAAUGGACACACAGAGAUGGUUAGCCUGCUUCUGGCUAAAGGUGCUAACAUCAAUGCCUUUGAUAAGAAGGAUGGCCGUGCUCUCCACUGGGCUGCGUACAUGGGUCACUUAGAUGUGGUGUGCCUGCUGGUGGACCAGGGGGCAGAAGUCAGCUGUAAGGACAAGCGAGGAUACACACCUCUCCACACUGCCGCCUCCAAUGGACAGAUCAGUGUGGUCAAACACCUGCUCAACCUGUCUGUGGAGAUUGAUGAGGCUAAUGCAUUUGGGAAUACAGCCCUGCAUGUGGCCUGUUUUAACGGUCAGGACGCCGUGGUCAGUGAACUGAUUGACUAUGGGGCUAACGUGAGUCAGCCCAAUAACAAAGGCUUCACACCUCUCCAUUUUGCUGCUGCAUCUACACAUGGAGCCCUGUGCCUGGAGUUCUUGGUCAAUAAUGGAGCUGAUGUCAAUGUGCAGAGCCGAGACGGGAAGAGUCCUCUUCACAUGACCGCGGUGCAUGGACGCUUCACCCGCUCCCAGACCCUCAUCCAGAACGGUGGAGAGAUAGAUUGCAUGGAUAAGGAUGGAAACACUCCAUUACACAUUGCCGCUCGCUACGGCCAUGAACUCCUCAUCAACACCUUAAUCACCAGUGGAGCCGACUGCACCAGGAGAGGAGUUCAUGGAAUGUUCCCCCUGCAUCUGGCUGCUCUGAAUGCUCAUGCUGACUGCUGCCGGAAACUUCUCUCCUCAGGACGGAGGUAUAGCAUAAUCUGCCCGCUCAGUAACGACUCGGUCCUGUGUGCAGGCUUCCAGAUCGACACCCCGGACAGCCUGGGGCGGACCUGUCUGCACGCCGCCGCUGCUGGAGGUAAUGUGGAGUGUGUAAAACUGCUGCUCAGCAGUGGAGCCGACCACAACCGCACGGACAAACAUGGGAGGACUCCUCUUCACUAUGCGGCUGCCAGUCGUCAUUUUCAGUGCCUGGAGACUCUAGUGUCCUGCGGUACCUGCAUUAAUGCCACUGACCAGUGGGGGCGCUCUGCCCUGCACUAUGCUGCUGCCUCUGAUCUGGACAGGAGGCGACGUGUAGCCCUGGAGCCAGAGAGUCCUGGAGUGCAAGCAGAGAAGGAGAAGGAGGCAGCUUUGUGCCUUGAGUUCCUGCUGAAGAGUGGAGCCACUGCCUCACUGAAGGAUAAGCAGGGUUAUAGUCCUGUUCACUAUGCUGCUGCCUAUGGCCACAGACACUGCCUGGAGCUGCUCUUGGAAAGGGAAGACAACCAUCAGGAUGAGAUGGAGAGUUCCAGCACUAGGAGCCCGCUGCAUCUAGCCGCGUAUCACGGUCAUGCAAAGGCUCUGGAGGUGUUGUUGCAGGGUCACUGCGAGGUGGAUCAGGGGGAUGAGGUGGGCCGCACUGCACUGGCAUUGGCCGCCCUCAGGGGCCACACUGACUGUGCUCUGACCCUGCUGAACCACGGAGCAUCAUCACGCAGUAGAGACACCGCCCGCGGACGCACCCCCAUCCACCUCGCAGUGAUGAAUGGUCAUACGUCGUGUGUGCGCCUCCUACUGGAAGACUCUGACAGUGCAGACCUGGUGGACGCAGCUGAUUCUCAGGGACAGACCCCCCUAAUGCUGGCAGUGGUUGGGGGUCAUGUAGAUGCUGUGUCUCUGCUGUUGGAGCGAGAAGCCAGUGUGGACACAGCUGACCAUCAGGGACUGACUGCACUUCACUUAGGGCUGCUGUGUGGGCAGGAGGAGUGUGUGCAGUGUUUGCUGGAACAGGAAGCCUCAGUGUUGUUGGGAGACUCCAGGGGCCGCACAGCUCUGCAUUUGGCUGCUGCGAAGGGCCACGCAUCCUGGCUGAGUGAACUGCUGAGCAUAGCCUGUGCUGAGCCCCCCACACCCCCGCUACGAGACCACCAAGGAUACACACCCUUACAUUGGGCUUGCUACAACGGUCAUGAUGGAUGUGUGGAGGUGCUACUCGAACAGAAAGGCUGUCGAUGUUUUGAUGGAAACCCGUUCACUCCUCUGCACUGUGCUGUAGUGAACAACCACGAGUCCUGUGCUACUCUUCUGCUGGAAGCCAUGGGCUCAGAGAUAGUGACCUGCAAGGACUCCAAGGAUAGGACACCUCUUCAUGCGGCUGCAUUUGCUGGCCAUGUGGACUGUGUCCAGCUGAUCCUGGCCCAUGAUGCUCCUGUGGAUGCCUUGGACCAAUCAGGGCGCAGUGCGCUCAUGAUGGCAGCAGAGAGAGGAGCAGUCGGAGUUGUAGAGGCUCUUCUCACCAGCGCCAGUGCAGACCUGAGUUUGACUGAUCAGAAAGGCAACACCGUGCUACAUCUCGCUUGCAGUAAUGGAAAGGAAGAUUGUGCUUUGUUCAUUUUAGAGAAACUUCCAGACGCCACACUUGUCAGUGCCACAAACACUGCACUCCAGACUCCCCUCCACCUGGCUGCCCGCAGUGGUCUGAAGCAGACGGUGCAGGAGCUGUUGUCCCGUGGUGCUAGCGUGCAGGUUCUGGAUGAGAAUGGUUUUACUCCCGCUCUGGCUUGCGCUCCUAGCAGAGAAGUGGCUGACUGCCUGGUUCUCAUUCUGGCUACCAUGAUGCCUUUCUGCUCCCCUUGCAGCUCCGGAGCUCCCUCCCCAGGGGCCCUGCUGAGGUCUCUGCCCCACCAAGCCAAAAGCCCCCAGGGGCCACGGGGCCCUUCCAGUGAGGGUACCACCACAGAGAAUGACUCAGACUCAGAGACCUUUUGACCUCUGCCGUGCCUGGAGUUCUUCUAUAAGUUCUCGAAGCACUUAGCCUAGUGGACCUCACAGAAACUGUACAAAAAGUCAUCAGUUUCGAUGUACAGAGGCGAUCUUUAAGAGAUUAUGAUGCAUGAUGUCUUGUUUAUGCUUCUCGCAGCCUCAUGAAUAUGAAGCCUCAUACAUCCUGCCAUAUUGGAGUGACGGGGAUGGUUGCACCUCUUUAGUUGGUGGCAUUAUGUUGCACUCCAUUAUACUCUAAGCUCUCACUUGGAAAUAUGUAAUGAAGUGACACCUAAAUAGAAAUUCCCAGUCUGAAAGCUUGGGCACAAACAUUCAGAAGUGUUAAGAAUAGUUUUGGAACAAUGCAACAUUAAUGUAGGUCCUCUUAAAGGGGAAUUCCACCAUUUUUUUUUUUUUCUAAUUUUUGCAUAAUUUCAUUGUUGAGCUGUAAACAAUGUCAUUAACAGUGGUUUAUGAAAUGGGUAAUUGUAGGGAAACUUGCCAACCUGGAACCAGAGGUUGCAAUAAUUUUAAUGCAGAUAGAGCCAUGUUAUUUACUUUAGAGGUAUUUCUUUAGAGCUUUAGACUUAGCUGUAGACGUCUGGUUCCUAUCAGCACCACUUUGAACUCUUCAGAGAAGGCCUCAUGAUUUCUGGGAAGUUAAAAAUACAUGUCUAGUGUUAUGUCAUUUGUAUUCAAUAGAACCAUGCUUAAAUUUUAACUCCCAGAUUAGCAUUACAGAACUGCUUGUUUCAGUGUUUGGAAACAAAGGAGUUAUAUUGUUGAAACGCCCUGUGGAAAAUUGGCCAAUCAGGAUUAUUUUUUCUGUGUGGUAUCUAGGUAGAUAGGUAAGUAGCUAAACAAGCUCUUCUAUUGGUUAGGACUUCCAGAGCUAAAGAGAAGGCCUAAAACAUUAGAGUAGCAAAGUUAUCCUAAUUGUCAUAAUUAUCAGCAUAAUUGCAAAGUAACAGAGAAAACAGCCAGUCCUAUUUCGGUUUCCAAUAGCUGAGUCAAAAUGUGAGAAAAAGGGUCACAAUCUAGUCAAUAGAUUUUUAGAAAUGGAAAGCAGCAGCAGCGGCAGCUCUGUACAAGGCCUCUCUGCUGAGUCCCUGUGAAACUGCUACAGAGUUAAACAUAUGCUAAUAUGUCUCCAGUUUAAAGUAAAACUUGGAAUGGCUUUAAGAAAAUUGAAAUGACAGUGUUUAAUGUAGAACUGCUAAGAAACAUUCUUAUGAAUCAACAUUAGCUUAGUGCUAACAAACUACUGGAAUCCCAUAGGGACUCUAGUAGACGUUAGCAUUAUUGGAGAGGUGGGUUUCUUUUCCUGAAAUUUUGGCUGUGUUUUAAAGUUUAUGGCCAAAAUUGAAGUCCUAGCUCUAUUAGUCACAGUUCACCACUACUGUGAACAAUUCUGGCUUCUUAGGUUUCUCUAGAAUGGAGCACUUCAAACCACUCUGAAUGACUUUGUGUAGAUCUUGAUUUAAUUAUGCAGAACUUUGAAAAAUUAAAACCCUUUUAAGUUGCUAUAGAAAUCUCACUUUGCUGUGGGCCUCCAUGUUUUUCCAAGUAGAAGCUCUGAAUGCAGGACAUAUCCGACUUCCAAGUAUAAUGGAAUGCAGCAUUGAUACCAUCAAAAGUCCCAAAGGAAGAAUGAAAGACAAUUCUGCAAUACCUAACGAAACUGUAGUAACUGUUAUUCAGUUACACUGCCACCUGCAGCGCUGGAGUAUUGAGACGCAUUGCUACGACGUGGAAAUCUGUGCAACUUGAAGAGAACACGCUGACCUUUCAGCGGAGCUCACUGGUGCGAAAAGCAUAAAUCAGCCUUAACAAGAAACUCGGUACACUUUUACUCUGUGUAGCACAGAGUUUUCUAAAGCCAUUUUGUAAUUGCUUUUACUUAACCUAAACCAUCCAUGGUGUAAAUAAUGUGUUUUUAUUUUGAUUUGACAGUUGAGGUUGCCAAAUAUUGACUCAGCAUAGCCACACUUAGGGUACACUGUAUAUAGUGUGGGUUCCAGUGUCUUAGCCUGUGGAUCGUUUGUAAGCACAAUGUCAAGUCUCUCUUGUUACUAGACAGCAGGCACCUCACAAAUCCUCACUUCUGUAAGUCACUAUUAGCUUGGAUCAGGGACCAAAUAAUGUUUGACAAGAGACCAACAGGGAAAUUGCAUGUUACUGCCACAGUCAGGCUGAGGUUAAAUAUAAGUAUAUAUGUAUUCCUGAAGUAUUUAUAUGCAAAAAAUAGAACUAGUGUUGGAAGCACAUUCAAAAUCCAGUGUAAUGUGAUGUAAAAUUAGUGCAAAUGUUCUACACUAUAUGUCCAAAAGUAUCCAGACACCUCUUCUAAUUAGUGAGCAUAGGAUGCUCUGGAGCAACUACACAGGAGGUCACCAUGCUCAAUGCCAAGCAUUAGCUAGAGGGAUAUAAAGGCUGUGGGCCUGAGUUGGGCUGUGGAGGAGUAGAACUGCAUUCUCUGCAGUGAUGAAGUUCCAUCCAGUACAUUUGGGAUGAGCUGUGUUUGUGAUCCAGAACUAAUCAUACCAGAACAUUCCUGACCUCACUAACGCAACUAUGGCUGUAGAUCCUCAGCAGUGUCCCAAAAUCUAACCUUCCAAGAAGAGUAGAGACUGUUACUGUAGCAAAGGGGGACAAACUCACAAUGAAUACCCUUGAUUAACGUCUGAAGAGCAGUUGUUUGCAAACUUUUAGACAUAUAGUGUAUGUGUAAUUGAAGUCGUAUACCACAUGUACUUAACACUUUGCAUUGGAUUGCAUUUGACAGUUGUGAUGAGGAAAAGGCCUGCUAGGCCCACACUGUCUUAUUUAAUUACAGGGUGCAGGAAAAAAAUGGUAAUAGUGUAAGAAAGUCUAUAGUUAAGUCUAAUGUGGGAGUGUUACCUAGGGGUGGGAAUAAUAAUCUGUUCUAAGAUGCAAUGCAGUUUCUCUCUUCAGAGAUUCUGCAUUACUAACACUUUAUCAGAAGGCUAUCUACAACAGGACUUGCAUAACACAUGCAUAAGAAUUGAAUACCAUUUAUAGAGCAAUGCAAUGAGUUUUUAUAAACAUCAAAAGAUGACAGAUGCUUUGUGAAGUAAAUCGCAUUGUUAUGACAAAAGUGAAAUGAUUAUACUGAAGUGACAGACAUUUGUUCCAUUUAUGACUUUCUUAUGAAGCAUCAAUGCCAAAUAAUUGAGGCCUAGUUAAGAACACUAUAUAUAGUAGUUCCAGAUAUUUCUACUUGAAUUAAAGUACAGUGUCUGUUAUGGAGAACUGUAUGACUCUCUUUUUCUCAGUUGCAGGCUGACAUCUCUUUAACAGAUGUUGCUCAUCAAAAUAAUAUAGUAUACUAUCUAUACCACCUUAAUUAAUGCUUAAGUACAUUUAAAAGCAAGUCAUUUUGUUUUAAAAGCAAGUCAUUUUGCAGACAGAGAACUUCUGCUUUUAAUGGAGUUCAAUUUCACCAAUGCUAUUUCUACUUUUUUCAAGUGUAGGGAUUUUGUAGGGUAACAUGUAUACAGGUGACGAAAUAUGAAUGAAAAUGAUCGCUUUCAAAUCUCUAAUGUAAGUGACAUUUGGGUCUCUUAAUCCCUUUAAUAGCCAGGGCUCACCGAUUUAUUACACAUUUCUAUAACCUAAGAUUCCCUCAUCCAGUUUGCACUGGAGUCCCUGUAGUUAUUGAACAAUAAGCUUUAGUGUGUAAUAAGGGAUUUUAAGGCUUCUGCCUUGUAAGAUUCAUUACUGGCAUAAGCUGUUUAUAAAUAUUUACAUACCGCUUUAUAAAAGGUAUUCAAUGCGUAUGAAUGCAUUAUAAAGUCUCCAUGAAGCCUUCAAACAGUGUUACCUAGGCCCGUCACAAUAUUACAAAAUUUGGCUGAUCAGUAAUUUGAGAUAAUAGCAAUUAUUUAACCUGACCACAUUUGUUGUCCACAGUCAUUAGAAUGAUUAUUCUAAUCCUACUGUAUUGUAAUAUAAUGCAUAACGUGAGCCAGAUGAGGUGUCAUUACUUGGCUUGAGCCAAAUAAAGGAACUUAAAGUUCUAACUUAAUUUUAACUGGGUGCUACACCAUGUUUGCUUGCAGAGCAUGUUUUUGCUCACAGUCUCAGGAGAAUAAACUCCGCUGUGAUUGACACUGUAUAACUGUAGACAUUUAUUGUGUACAGUACAGUACAGUGCAGUGUAUUGUCUUUGGUUGCCUGUAAAGAGCUAGCCAAGCAAGAUGGCCAGUUUAGCUGCUUUAGACUUUUAUUGCAUGAAAUCAGAUCAUUUAACUGUUAACAGCAAUUAAUCGUCAGCCAGAAUUUCCUGAUCGUGACAGGCCAAAACAAAAAUGUCUGUUUUGCAGUGCGUAAGGUACAUUCAUAUUCAAAUUCAAGGACAAAUACGGUUAAAACGUAAUGUAGGCUAUAGAAAACGUCAAUCAAGAUGCAUAAAGGUUAGUUUUAUGAUCACAUCUUAUGAGCUGUUCCAAAAGAUUCCCACCCUUAGUGGUACCCAGUCACAUUUUGUAAUGAGUUCCACUGACAGUAUUAGAGUAAUUUCAGGUCUGGUCAUGUCAGCUGAGCUAGGAUGCACUUACAUCUGAAGGGUGUUGAUAAGUUAAUAUUUAGCAUGGAACGGUACUAAUAUUUGUCUGCACUUAUAUGUAUGGUGGAAAAGGGCUGGUUAGGAGUUGAGCAAAGGACCAUGAAUAACCUUCCCUUCUCCUGAACAGACGACAUUUUUCUCCUCAUGAUUUGCUUUAAUGUUCUUCUACCUGCGGCUGUGAUUCUCAAAUCCAGUUGCAGGAGCUGCCGCCACCUUCCAGAUACUGGGAUUGGGAAUCACUGGCUUAUACGCUUUCCUUGAAGAGUAACAACAGGCAAAGCUGUAUUUUUUUCACCUUGAAUCUAAUUUACCUAAACUGAGAUGAAAUCGCGCAGAUGGUACUAAAUUUGCGGCCUUCAAAGAAGCAGCUGGCAGAAUUGAGACUGAGAAAAUGGACUAAAAAGAGCCAAAUUUUGAGCUUUUCCCCCACCUUUUUGUCUGUUAUGUGCCAGUCUUUCAAGCUUGUCCAGUGCCUUGUGUCUUUUUAAACUUUUGUUUUUAGUAAUUUUUCAAAGGUUGGUAGGACUGUGUGUGUUGGAUGCGAUGAAAAUGUGAAAAGAAGUUGGCCGGUAGAUUCUGUCAGCUUACUGUACUCCAGUGUUUUCACCAUGUUGAGGUGUGUGUAUGUGUGCAAUACAUCUGCAGAUGUCUAGGCCAUUUGUAGCACGUACUGUAUUCUGGCUCAUGAGAAUCUGUCAUCGGUGCAGAGAAAUCGCACUCAAAUAUCAUCUGAGUAAAGCUCAUGAUUAACUUGUUUAUAUACUGUCACUGUCCAAAGAAAAAUAUCUGCAAAAUGGCAACUUUACAGGAGCGGGCAAAAUGUUCUUUACUUUUAAUGCAAGUUACUGUAAAAUAAGUUUUAUUCCAAGCGGUUUUGGAGCAUUACUGUUGGCCUUUUCAUUGUGAAAUUUUCACAGAAUGUAAAGGACAGCUGGUGAACUCGAAUAGUGUAGAAAACUGAAAAUGGACAAAAAUGGAGGCAUUUCUUUGGACAGUGAUUACGUUUAUAUGGAUUGGAUAACUGGUGAAGUGAAAGAAACAGAGAAAUGAAUUCUAUCAGUAUUAUGCCAGACUAAAAUUAAUAAGCUUUGCCAAUUGUGACAAUCUUACAGUGUGCCACACAUUCCUCAUGCAGUAUGAAAUGCUGAAGGCUGUUUGUCAGCGAGGCUUUCUUUUAUAUGAAUUGUAUAAUUAUAAUAUAAAAUGUUUUAACAAAGUAA